GUUUUGACCUAGUACGCUGCGAGGAACCAGGUGUGCCUAGUUAUGGCUAUAAGACUCAAGACGACGGCCAUUAUGCCAACACCUUUGUCCUGUACUCCUGCAACCCUGGAUACAGUCUCUAUGGCACCGGGACACUAACCUGCCUGAGCGGAGACAGACGUGUCUGGGACAAACCACUUCCUUCCUGUAACGCGGAGUGUGGAGGUCACCUGACUGGAGCCGUUUCUGGACGGAUACUUUCUCCAGGAUAUCCUGCUCCAUACGACAACAACCUCCACUGCACCUGGACCAUAGAGGCUGACACGGGCAAGACUAUCAGCCUCCACUUCAUUGUCUUUGACACGGAGGUCGGUCACGAUAUCCUGAGAGUUUGGGAUGGUCCAUCUGGGCCGUCAGACGGGGGGAUCCUGUUGAAAGAAUGGUCCGGCCCAGCCUUACCUGAAGAUAUCCACUCGACUUUCAACAUACUCACACUGCAGUUUGAUACUGAUUAUUUCAUCAGCAAGCAAGGAUUUUCUAUCCAGUUUUCUACUACUACAGCAACAACGUGCAAUGACCCCGGCAUCCCUGUGAAUGGUUCUCGAUACGGCGACAGUAAGGAGCCUGGAGACAGUACGACCUUCCAGUGUGACCCAGGAUACCAGCUGCAAGGCUCCGACACCAUCACAUGUGUACGGAUGGAUAACAGAUUCUACUGGCAACCUGACCCCCCAAUGUGUAUCGCGACCUGUGGGGGUAACGUCAGCGGCCCCUCAGGAGUAAUUCUGUCUCCUAACUACCCCCAGCCUUACCCCGCAGGGAAAGAGUGUGAUUGGAGAGUCAGGGUCAACCCAGACUUUGUCAUUGCUCUCAUCUUCAAAAGUUUCAACAUGGAGCCAAGUUACGACUUCCUGCACAUCUACGAGGGUGAAGACUCUAAUGGGCCGUUACUAGCAAGUCUCCAAGGCAACCAGGCCCCAGAGCGAAUAGAGAGCAGCAGUAACAGUCUCUUCCUGGCGUUCAGAUCGGACGCCUCACUGGGCAUGUCUGGGUUCGCCAUCGAAUUCAGAGAAAAACCAAGAGAGGCCUGUUUUGACCCUGGUAACAUUAUGAACGGCAGUCGGACCGGAUAUGACUAUAAACUGGGAUCUCAGGUCUCUUACAACUGUCACCAUGGCUACACAACAAUGGGCGGGGAAAGCAUCACCUGUGUCAUGGGGAAUGAUGGGAAGCCUGUGUGGGACAGGGCACUGCCAACAUGUAAAGCUCCAUGCGGAGGACAGUACGAUGGAUCUGAAGGGGUUGUUUUGUCUCCAAACUAUCCCCUAAACUACACUACCAGACAGACAUGCUCCUACUACAUCACUGUCUCCACACAGUUUGUGGUGUUCGGUCAGUUUGCUGUUUUCCAGACAGCGAUGAAUGACUCAGUGGAGCUGUUUGAUGGAGCCGAUGAGAAUGCUCGAUUGCUCAGCUCCCUGGCGGGGUCACAUUCAGGAGAGACAUUGCCAUUGGCAACUUCCAAUCAGAUCAUGCUGCGGUUCAAUGCGAAGAGUGGCCAGUCUGCUAGAGGCUUUCACUUUGUCUACCAAGCCGUGCCUCGCACCAGUGAAAGUCAGUGCAGUUCGGUGCCAGAGCCUCGGUACGGCAGGCGGAUCGGAUCAGAGUUCUCCACCGGCUCUGUGGUUCGCUUUGAGUGCAGUCCAGGGUAUCUUCUGAAAGGAUCCAGUGCUAUCUGGUGUCAGGCCGUGCCAGGUGCCCUUGCUCAGUGGAAUUCAACAACACCAUCCUGUAUAGUUCCCUGCAGUGGCAAUUUGACUGAACGUCGCGGUACAAUCCUUUCUCCUGCCUAUCCUGAACCUUACCCAAACAGCCUCAACUGUCUGUGGAGGAUCCAUGUCAGUGAAGGGGCCGGGAUACAGAUCCAAGUGGUUACGUUUGCUACUGAGCACAACUGGGAUUCUCUGGAGAUUUACGAUGGAGGAGACAUGACAGCUCCUAAAUUAGGGUCAUUUUCUGGAACAACUGCUCCCGCUCUCCUCAAUUCAACGUCCAAUCAGCUCCUUCUGCACUUUCAGAGUGACAUCAGUGUGGUGGCAGCUGGUUUUCACCUAGAAUACAAGACUGUUGGACUUACCACCUGCCCAGAGCCAAUGAUACCAGCCAAUGGGAUUAAGUCAGGAGACAGAUAUAUGGUCAAUGAGGUGGUGGCAUUCUCCUGUGAGCCUGGCUACACGUUACAGGGCCACUCUCACAUCUCCUGCAUGCCGGGGACUGUGCGUCGAUGGAACUACCCACCACCUCUUUGCAUAGCUCGGUGCAGUGGGGUGUUGUCUGAGAUGAGUGGUGUCAUCCUCAGUCCGGGUUUCCCUGGCAACUAUCCCGGCAACCUGGAUUGCACCUGGCAAAUCACCCUGCCAACUGGAUAUGGAGCACAUAUUCAGUUCCUAAACUUCUCUUCUGAAGACAACCACGACUUCCUUGAGGUCAGAGCUGGACCACAGCACAGCUCUGCUCUGAUUGGACAGUUUACUGGCUCUCAGAUCCCACCCCUUCUGCUGAGCACUACCCACCUGACGGUCAUCCACUUCUACAGUGACCAUUCAGAGAACAGACCGGGGUUUAAACUAACCUAUCAGGCCUAUCAACUUCAAAACUGCCAGGACCCCUUUCCUUUCCUCAACGGUGACAUCAUCAACGGUGACUACAGCGCUGGCCAAUCAGUAACUUUUCAGUGCUACCCCGGUUAUGUUUUGAUCGGACACCCUGUCCUAACGUGCCUGCACGGGACCAACCGGAAGUGGAACCACCCAUUUCCACGCUGUGAGGCUCCUUGCGGCUAUAAUGUCACAGCUGAAAACGGGACAAUCUAUUCACCUCAGUACCCCAUUGAAUACCCCAACUUUCAAGACUGCAGCUGGCUCAUCACUGUUCCCCACGGACACGGAGUUUAUAUCAACUUUACCUUAUUGCAGACGGAGCCUGUCACUGAUUACAUCGCUGUCUGGGACGGCCCAGAGAUGUCUAGUCCUCAGCUGGGAGUCUUCAGCGGCAACACAGCAUUGGAGUCGGCCUACAGUACCAGCCCGAAGGUCUUGAUCCGCUUCCACUCUGACUUUUCCACUGGCGGGUUCUUCUUCAUUCUCAACUACCAUGCCUACCGUCUGAAGAAAUGUCCUGCUCCGCCUGUUGUGGAGAACUCAGAGGUGAUCUACGAAGAUGAAGACUUCCAGAUUGGUGAUAUUGUGAGGUACCGUUGUCUACCUGGAUAUACACUGGUGGGAAAAGCCGAGUUGAUGUGUAAACUCAAUACCCAUUUGCUUUUUGAAGCCCCGCCACCAACAUGUCAAGCCCAGUGCCCAGCCAAUGAGGAGCGGACAUUGUCAUCAGGAGUGAUACUUAGCCCUGGGUUUCCUAGCAACUACCCCAACAGCCAGACGUGCUCCUGGCUGCUUCACAUGGUUCCAGGUUACACCAUCAACAUAUAUGUAGAGAUGUUCCACAGCGAGAAACAAUUUGAUGAACUGGAGAUUUUUGAUGGAUCCUCAGGGCAAAGUCCUCUUCUCGUCGCUCUAAGUGGAAACCACUCAUCUCAGCUCAACUUCACAUCGAAAACAAACCAGCUCUAUCUACGCUGGUCCACUGACCAUGCCACAAACAAGAGAGGGUUCAAGAUACGAUACUCAGCUGCCUACUGUAGCAUCAAUGAUCCUCCAGUGAACGGUGGCGUGGUCAACCGAACCAAACUCCGUCCAGGGAGCAGACUUCAGUUUUAUUGUAACCGUGGUUACCGCAUGAUAGGCUCAAGCAAUGCCACCUGCAGGCUUCACCCCAAUGGGCUUUACCAGUGGGACGUACCAACACCGUUUUGUCAAGCUGUCUCAUGCGGAAUUCCUCAGUCACCCGGCAACGGAAGCUUCCAAGCCAACCAGUACACCGUUGGUAGCCAGGUCACCUACCAGUGUAACCAUGGUUUCCACCUUGACCCAGGUGCUCAAAUGACUGCAGAGUGUUUGGAGGAUGGCAGCUGGAGUAAUACUGCCUCAGCCCCCAGAUGCCUACCGGUCCACUGCCCCAGCACAGAGGGCACCUUGUCAGAUCACAUGACCUCCCGCCUGCUCUCUGGUAGGUCGGCAGAGUUUGGGUCUAUGGUGAUGCUGGAGUGCUCCACAGGGUACUAUUUGGGAGUGGGUCAUCGGACUCUUCGCUGCCUUGCCAAUGGGACCUGGGAGGGGUCAGACGACCUAGCUACAUGCAAGAUCAUCUCUUGUGGAGAGCUUCCCACUCCACCCUUUGGGACCAAACUGGGGACGCUGACUACAUUUGGAGCAACUGCAAUCUUUAUGUGUAACCAUGGUUACACGCUGGUGGGGUCACAUGUCAGGGAGUGCGGUGCUAACGGGCUGUGGAGCGGAGCAGAGACCAGGUGUCUAGCUGGUCACUGUGACUCUCCAGAUCCUAUAGUCAAUGGACACAUUAGUGGAGAAGGCUCUAGUUUCCGUGACACUGUGGUGUACCAGUGCAUGUUGGGAUAUCGUCUUAUCGGCACAUCGGUCAGGAUCUGUCAGCAAGACCAUCGGUGGUCUGGAACAACUCCCGUCUGCGUCCCCAUCACUUGUGGUCACCCCGGCAACCCAGGCAACGGGCGAACCAAUGGCAGCGAGUUCAACCUCAAUGAUGUUGUAAACUUCACCUGCUACAGAGGUUACGUCCUGAGUGGAAAUGCACGUGCUCAGUGCAGACUCAACGGCCAGUGGAGCAGCCCCCUACCUGUCUGCAAAGUGGUCAACUGUUCCGACCCCGGCCACGUGGAGAAUGGUGUGCGCCAGUCGAGCCUACGUUACCCAGAAGUCUUCAGCUACGGUGUAUCCGUGGCGAUCCACUGUAAACGAGGCUUCUACCUCCUGGGCUCCGCCAUCCUCACAUGCCAGCACGAAGGACGGUGGGACCGACCAAUCCCUCGCUGCCUAGCUAUUUCCUGUGGCGACCCGGGUGUACCCCCUAAUGCGGUAAUAUCUGGGACUCACAGUUGGACGUACGGUUCAGUGCUGCAGUACUCCUGUCUGCCUGCAGGGGUGCUGGUGGGCAACGCUUCUCGUCACUGUCAGGAGGACACCACGUGGAGCGGAGCGCCGCCAUACUGCACUGGUGCAAGUCCAGGAAUCUGUGGCGACCCGGGGAUGCCUCCCCACGGCGCCCGUCUAGGAGGCGAGGAAUUUAAAACCAAGAGCCUGCUGCGUUUCAGCUGCGAGGCGGGAUAUAAUCUGAUUGGCUCAGUCGAGAGGACCUGCCUACACAACGGGACUUGGAGCGGCACACAGCCUGUCUGCCAAGCUGUAUCCUGUGGUAACCCUGGCACUCCAGCACACGGCAGAAUAGUCGUAAAUGAUGGCGUCACCUUCGGCAGCUCGGUAGCUUAUGCAUGCUGGGACGGCUUCAAAACAUCAGGUCUGAUCAACAGACACUGCACAACCAAUGGGACAUGGACAGGACAACCCCCAGACUGCGCAGUGAUCAGUUGUGGAGAUCCUGGCCCAGUAGCCAAUGGCAUCUAUAUAGGAAGUGAUUUUAGUUUCAACCACACAGUGACGUAUCGCUGUAACCCCGGUCACCUGAUGGAGCCGCCUGCUCGCAGCGUUCUGCGCUGCAGCAAGGAGGGAACCUGGAACCAGACCAAACCCAACUGCAGAGUAAUCCAGUGUGGGCCUCCUGCUCAAGUGCACCACGGGAAAGUGGAAGGAACUGACUACUCAUGGGCCUCGAGUGUUAGUUACAGUUGUUUCCAUGGUUACCAGUUGUCCACUCCUGCUGUGUUAACAUGUGAGGGGAACGGGACGUGGACAGGAGACGUACCGCAGUGCUUGCCUGUCCUGUGUGGAGAUCCUGGCUCUCCUGGAGGUGGAUUCAGAGAGGGGAACAUGUUCUCUUACAGGGCGGAGGUCCGGUUCUACUGCCACACGCCCUACCUGCUGGUGGGCUCCGCGUCCAGAGCCUGUCAGGCUGAAGGGAUUUGGAGCGGCCAACAACCAGCCUGUAUAGACCCAGCCUUCAACAGCUGUCGUGACCCAGGGACUCCGGCCUAUGGGGUCCCAGUCAUGGGCCAGGGCUUUCAGGUUGGCAGUAAGAUUUCCUUCAAGUGCCGCAAGAACUAUCACAUCCUUGGUUCUACCACGAGAACAUGCCUAGAAAACCUAACCUGGAGUGGAACUCAACCUGAGUGCAUCGCCCAUUCAUGCAGACAGCCGGAGACCCCCAGUAAUGUUGAUGUUCGAUCCAUGGAGCUGCCCACCCUGGGAUACACGCUGAUCUACACCUGUCAGGAUGGUUUCUAUCUGGCCGGGGGAUCAGAGCACAGAACCUGCAAAAGUGAUGGGAGAUGGUCGGGUAAACCUCCGCUCUGUAAAGUUGGAGUGAAAGUCAAUCCCAAAGUCAGAGGAGACUCAGAUGUUCAGAAAAACAAGAUUCGAGUUCCAGUGGAUGUGUUUUCUCCAAACUCUGAGUGGAGCGGUUUCUACGAGUAUCUAGGGAAAAGACAGGCCACCACAUUCACAGUUACUGGGUUCAACACUACCAGCAGCAGAGUCAACGUCACAUUACUGGAAACCAGCGGGGUGUCAAUCAGACUGUCAGGUACCUACAAGUCAGAGGAAAACCAGCUGCUGCUGAAGGUGUACCAGGUGAAGGGGCCCACAGAGCAUUACUACAGCAAGUUUAAAAACGACAACUGGGCCAUGGACGGAUAUGUUACUGCAGAAUCCGACCAGAAGACUUUUGUCUACCAGGGUCAUACUCACAGUAAAGACUUUGGCAAGUUCCAUCUAACAAGGCAAGGCCCUGUAACCAUGGCAAUGGACCCAUCCAACCCCUACACCAACAGCAGCUCCGUGGCAGCCGCCAUCUUAGUUCCUUUCUUUGCCCUCAUCCUGUCUGGAUUCGCCUUCUAUCUCUACAAGCACAGGUCUAUGAAGAUGAGUGCUGCACGGACAUUGUCUGCUGAGACAGAUGACAAUGAGAGACCAAAAGACACCUGGGGGCCUGGCGGCAGGACACGUCCCAAGGUCCAGUUCAAUGGCUAUGUCGGCCAUGAGAGCUCCAACGGUCAGGCAUCAUUUGAAAACCCAAUGUAUGACACCAACAUGAAGCCCACUGAGGCUAAGGCAGUUCGAUUCGACACCACACUCAAUACAGUCUGUACCGUAGUAUAGUACAACAACCUGCCACCACCUAAACAGUGGUUCAGUCCAACCUCCCUGUCGCAGUCUGUGCUGUGGUUUCACCAAACAGAAGAAAGAAGAAAUGAUUUGGACUUGUUACUGUGAGCAGUUUGUGUUGUAGCAUGCUGGUCCUCUGGCAGUAUAACCUGCACAGUAAUGCAGCUCUGCUCCACCUCCUACCUGCAAAAAGGUAUCAUCCUCCUCUACCCAUAGUCGGAAAGAGCGAAAUACGUUGGAACCAGUACACAAGGGAGUAGACAAUGAAGUUAUCAAAUGUGUUGUUGAGGAGAUCAACACUGGGACUAGAAUUAUUCUGAGGCAUUGUUGCCAUUAAAACACCAAGGAAAAACACAAAAGAUGGUACAACUAAUUCCUUCAAGAGCGACAACCUCACUGUACAGUGUGCAUCCAGUGUCAGAUGACUACUGCAAAAAUCAACCUUAUUAUGGAAAGUGCUUUGUAUGGCCCAUGAAUACCCUCCCUGCAACCUGAAUGUGGUUUGCCCAACCUGACCCCACGCCAAAUGUGCACAGUGUAGGCUCUUAACUUAUGAAGUCCCCUGCUGCAGGCCAGACAUGGGUGAUGCAAGGGGGAAGCACAUGGACUCGCACUCUUUUAUCCCCUUCAGACAUCAAAAAGUAAUUUGAUUGUUCCUUAUAUGUCAACAUAAAAACCAUCACUGGUGCUAGACCAAAAAAAUCCCUGUAGACCUCCAUCAUGCUUGACUUGACGGGACUAGACUCUGACGUAACUUAAGCUCUCAGAUUCUGUUUUGGGGGAAUCUGAUAUCAAUCGACUGCUGUUAAAUGGAUCACCAAAUGCAGUCAAUGCAGUGACGAGCUCAACACAUAAAUUCCUUAAAAGCUCAAAUCUCAUCCAGUACUGGACACUAGUAUUAGAUGUGUACUAGGAGCUGUGGACUAGUGCUGGACAAGCCAGGGUCAAAUAACAGUUGCAGAUACAAUUAAAAUGUUUGUUUCAGCCUACGUAGAGAACUGAAUGGCUUCAACAAUAUCAGGAAAAUCACAGAGUGAGGUAUGUUGACUUGUCAGAUUCUCAAAAAGAUAACUGUGAGGUGGUGUUUACGUUCUGCCACUUAUGACCUACUUAUGAAGUAUUUGAAAACUAAUGUAUGCUUAAACAUAUCAGAUCAAACAUUUGCAAAUGCUAUUUACCCCAAGUUUAUUACAAGACCCUGUGAUCUAGUUCUAGAUGAGUUUUUGCCGUUUUUAAAAUAUUCUUUGGACGUACUAUACACUUAAGAUCAAUACGAUGAACAAUAUUCAACACUAGCACUAAGCAGACUUCGUUAAACCAGAAAACCAGACAUUUGAGUUGCCGGGCUGGUGUCCACAGAGGCCUGUCUCACACAAUCAAAGAGUCAGACAGCUGAUUCUUGUUCUUGGACUGGCCAGGAUUCAGAGCUUGGUGGCCGAAAAAGAGGAAGCCUGGAGGCAAUAAGCUGUCAAGAUCUUCAACUGCUGCAAUCAGCUGCGGCCAAAUCCUGGAAAUGAUUCGUCUUCUCCUAACUCUGGGCGGGAUUAUCAGUCAAAUGUUGACUGAUUUAUUUUCUACAGCAUACUCUCCAGCCACAAGAACAGAAAUGAUCAACAGAUUAACGGACAGACUGGUUGAAUGACGGAAACAGACAAAUGGACGGAUAGCCCCUUCUGUCCGUCAUGCUGGAAAAGAGAGACAAAGACAGGUUGCUAUGGAGACUGAGGCAAAUAGUUGUCUCUUUUAGUCUCUUCGGUCAUUUUUCUUCAGUGAAGAUAUUGAUGAACAGACUCUAUGUUCAAAUACCCAGUGGCCCCUGGGACUUCCCAAACCACUGCUGCUGGGGACCCCAAAAUAUAAACUUUAUAUAAACUCUUAAACCGCACAAAUUUUGCACUAGUGUGUUUUUCUGACUUGGGUCUGAAAUGGGUUUGAAAAAUGAGUCAUUCGAAAAAAGAGAAUUUUAUUCAGAAACUUCUAUCUUUAAAAAGACGAGAAAAAUGACAAAAUACAGGGUUACAGAGUGUUUGUAUAUACACAUUUAUAUCACACACUCCCUGUAAGCAGAAGGUGUGACCACAUGCUAUACUGUUGUUUAUUUUGUUGCCAUGAGAACACGCUAGCCAACCAGAAAGUUGGGAUCAGUUUACCCUCGGACCUCUGAGCUUUUAGUGUCACGAAAUGACACCACUUUCAUUUGUGCCAUUUAUAGAACAGUGGAUGCUUCUGAAAGCUGAUACUGCACAGUGUGAGUGCUGUAAUGUGUGGAAGAAAUACACAGAAAGCCUCACAUCCAUAAUAUGCAGUAUGGUCCCACUGAAACACAGGUACACCACUGCUAGUUUUAUUUUCAGGUAUUAAACUCCAUCAUUUCCUGAGAUACUGUACAGUGUUUUAUGAAUAUUAAAUAGUAUCUCUCUAUGGGCUUUUUUUCAGUUUAGCAGUGUUAGCUUUCAGGAAUGUAACUGUUUCUAUAACUCUUUAAAAAUAUGUGUUGCCAGUGUCCCAAACUAUCAACAUAAUCCUACGUCAUCUCUGAACACAUUUGACAUAUCUGAUUUUAUUUCAACACGUCUUUUUAAAGAGCCCACCAUGUAUUCGUGAUCAGUUUGAUCAUCUGUCACGUAAGGCAGAGGACAAACGAAUACAGUACGAAGACAACAUGCACAAUUAUUGUUGUCGGCAGUUAUUGCCCCUAUCCAUUUUAGAAAUACCUCGUGUGCAGAGAGAAAGUUACAUCCUGCUUAUUAUCGCAGGAACUUCACUGCAACAAAUACACAAGCUUAGCGAGUGCGACCUUUCAUUUCCUGGUAUUUUAAGACACAAUGUCGUACAAACACCCUGUAGUCUUGGGAAUUCAAGAAAAUCCACUGGUUUUAAAUCACUUGCCAAGCUUGUUAUUUCUCGCAGUGUUCUCUCAAAAUAAUUGUAUUUUUGGAAAGAUGCUGCACUUGGUUUAGAAUUCAUAGAUGUAACUGCUUUCAGUGUGUGUCUUCAGGCCUGUUUCUCGUUUGUAUCACUCCAUGCGAUCCAUUUUGGCAUUACACCUGCAUGAUUUGUAUUGUCCAAAUAAGCUCAAACCAUCAUACUGUCAUACGUACAAACAAAAAAACAUAUCCAUUGAUUCGCACAGGAGUGUGGAAGGUAUGAGAUAUUAGUUAAUGAAAAUAUGUCAUUCUAAUUAUGAUUUUGUCGAUGAAACACUUAAUACAAUUAUAUUGCAGUUAGGAUUUUAACCAAGUCCCAAAUAUUGAGGAGAAAACAUUUGUUAUGAGAAGUUUGUCACAUCCACCUUUUUGAUAUGCUAGAACGAAGUGACAAGCAAAUUGCAGUUUUGCAUUUGCAUUUCCGGCUCUUUUAAUUGAAAAGGAUUUUCUGAAAAUGAACACCAGUUUGAAUGUUGCAAAUGAAAUGAGGACGAAACAAUGGGGGAAAUGUUUGGAAGCAUGAAUACAGGAUGUUGUUGGUAUUAUGGUAUCUAUUGUUAGCCUGUCAUUCAUAGCCUCAGGGUCAGGGUCGUGGUCAGACAGCCAGAAACAUUUACACCCGUUAGAGAGAGAAAAUUAGGGUACAAGUUAUUAUACUGGGAAGAGUUAGAGAGCGGGGGAAAGACAGUAGACACACUUUGAAAAUCUUCUCAUAUACAGAUAAACAGACAUCUGUAAACAACAGCAGAUAGUGAUCCUCUUCACCUUUUAUUGCUCGAGUGCUUCUAUUUUAAUUGAUUAAAUUAAUUCAGUUGCGAUUCCCUAUGGAGUCAAGAGAGCAUAAUGGAGCCUGAAAAUUAGAGGUUGCAAGGUUUCUACAGGCGUAGUAAAAGGUGUAAUUUUUAACAAUUACUGUAAUGAUACGGAUCUGAUCUCCCAGUGAGACUGAACCAGAGCACUUCGACUCAGCGCUGUCCCAUCAGAGGGGCUCUACCGAGGUUAGCUUUCACAUCUUGUGUACCCAUAGACAUGUGGGUAAUUGCAGAUUUAAAAUACAGUGAGGAAGUUCACAUCUAAGUAUUACAACAUUGCUGUAUUAUUUAAUCCCCUUGAUUCUAAUACCUCGACUCUGUUUUAAAUUAAAAAAAUUAAAGUUUAUUCUAUAUUUGAAAAUGUCUGUUAUAAACAAAAACAUCAUUAUCAAAGGCACAGAGACAGAUCUCCAUUGUUCCCAGUUAGUACUCCAAAAUGAGUGAGAUGUGGAGCUGAAAGCUGGGCAUAAUUCGCUUUCAUAGCUAUUUAAUUGAAAUUAAAGGACUGCGAAUGAUUGAAAAGGGAAGAAAGCCAUUCCUCUGUGAGGUCUACCUGUAUUUCUUCUCACUUAUAAAAUAAGGAGGCCUAUUGUUGUGGCUCUGAUUAAAAUCACUCUUUUGAAAAAUAUCUUACAAUGGACAACUUUUUUUGUUGAAGUUUGCCGUGACUUCAUUUCAAUAUUAACAAAAGCAAAUCUUAUAACAAAGGCCCUUUCUUAGAGUAAUGACAUAACGAGUGACGUCUAGCUUAUGUCUUAAUUUCUAUUGGAAUAUGUAGAAAAGACAGUGUGCGGAGGCUGUACAACUUCAUCUGUUUAUUGAUCAGUCUUCUCCUGGAUAUGACACAUACCUCCUUGAAGAUAAGUUGAGAAUGACUGAAGACUUUCUUUACAACAUAGGAAGAAGUUUUCACAUUUGCCUUUAAUUUGGUACUGUCAGCAGUCCUCGCCGUUUAAAGAGCGACAGCUGGUUAAAUAUUUUUAAAACUUACCCACUACAUUUUGAAAUGCCAAGGUUGUUUCUGCUUCUUCAGCUCAGACUUUUCACAGUUGGGGAAAUAGGUUGUCCCUUACUAAAGUGGUAUUGUCAGCAGUCCUCAUUGAAACAAAGGGGCCUAGGUUGCUGCGAGCUUAAGGAAAAACACAGCUAAAACUGUAAAUGUCACACGCUUAAAAUAAUUACAUAAUUGAUUCAAUGCAGAUAUAAGACAUGAACACUACAUAAAGAUGAAUUUAUUAUCCCGCAGGGAGGACACUGAUCUUUUCUAGGAACACUAGUAUGGCUGCUUUCAGAUUCAGUUUGUAGUGAAAUUAAAAUGUUAUGUAUUGCCCUUGACAGGCCUUUGUCAGCUUCUGCUCAAUAGUUUGGAUAGGACAAACUUCUCAUGUCAUACGCUCAGCUUUAGAGCUUUGAAGAAAAUCACUAUCUUUGUCAGAAUUGAACGUGAGUUGACUGACUUCACUGCUUCAGUCACUCACUUCACUCACUGCUUCACUGCUGACUUCACCUGCUUCACUCGGAUGAAUUAUUGACAUUACGGCACAUGGCAGCUUCUAGAUUGAGACACCACACAUAUAAGUGUUACAGUCACACAUGAUGAUGGGAUACAGUCUCCGCAAAUCAUUUUGACUUGCAGUAAGUGAGAUUGUGGCUUAUAAAUGUGUACUUUAAAAAAUGGUUUCAUUUGGUCAUAAAUGGCAGAGAUAUGUUAAAAAAAAAUGGCAAGUCUUUACCAGGAAGCUGCCAUCAUCAUUAAUGUUAUUGUUUAAAGCAUCAUGAUCACCUCCAUGUCACCUCUCAUCAUCAUCAUCAUCAUCAUCAUCAUGUGCUGCUGAACUUGAAGUAGGUGCAAAAGAAAAAAGUUUUGUACAGAAAUCUAUUUUUUAUGGAGAAUUUGUAAAAAAACAAAAACAAAUUAUUAAACAUGCUGUACUUUUUAUGAUUAAUGAUGUAGGUACAACAAAUUCUUGUUCAUUAAAGUCAAUGUUUUUACUGUUUCACUCCAUGUAAAAAUCUAUGGUUCAAACCGAGUAUAUAAAAUUCAAAUGUCAUGUGAUCUCUUUUACGGCUGAUUUUACACAGGAACAGAAAACCUUGUGGGAUGCAGAGUUUAUUUUCUCCAUGCUGGAGAGACACUUAUCUCUUGGUCACACCUGUAAAAAAGUUUUUUAUUCAAACUCAAAAACACUUCAGUCCUAUAACUGAUGUGUCAGCUCCAACUCCUCCACAGAUUGGGGCUGGCAGAGUUUGCGUUUCAUUUUAACAUUUAAAUCCCCAUUCCCUGCAGAAAUAUGGUAUAUAAUGUGGCUUUUAAUGCGGCAGCUGUGCCGUACAAGCUGCCUUAGCAUUUGUGAUUUCAUGCAUAAUGUUUACAUUCAUUUUCUGAAUACAUUUAAGAUACCUACACCAGAUGUUUAGUGUCAAAAUGUCAUGAACGGUAUUCAUGGAUGGGGUGAAAAUGACACUUUCUUUAAAACAUAAGUGUUCCUGUGUAAAAACAGCUCUGUGUGGCUGAUCCUGGUGUCUAUAUCUGGGAGAGGGAUGACUUCCACGGGCACAAAAGAUUUUGAAUGACUUGACCUCUUUACGGCCCAAAAUGUGACCUUACGUCUGUUAAGCAAGGAGUCAUCUGGCUCUCCUUGUUUAGACAUAAUGGGUUUAGAGUGGAAAAUAAAUUGGUGGUAAAUGUAGGCUAUGAAAGCAGCAUAGGCAAGUCUGCAACAGUUUGGAUGCUCCUAACUUGACUUGUAACUUCUUGAGUUUUGAAAAGGGCAUUUUUCUGACAGAUCAUGAGGGGGGGAAAUACAUGAGUGUUAUAAAUGAUUAUACAACAGAUACUGUAUGUGUAUAUGCAGCCUCACAACCUGCUGUUAAAGAGACUCAAAGUUUAUCUAUCAGAUAUUUUGAAAACAUUAUUUGAGAAUAAAGUUUUUGAUACAAUA